CAAAGACAGACAUCAAUUGUGCAGAGUAAAUGAUAUUAACAAUACACCGCACCUAUUACAUCCACCAAUAAAUUUCGAUUCAGUUGUGAAUUUGCUUCGGAGAACAUAAGUUAGGUCGUGUUAUUAUUAAAUAAUGGACAACUUUGGAUUUGUGAGGGAUGAAUUGUAUUUUGAAAGCUUUGCAGGAAACUUUCCUAUAUGUGCUUCACCUUUCGUCGAAAUACAGAAUAUUCAAAGGGGCGAGCUUCCUUCAACCAGGCGUUUCAGCAAGCAUCUAUGUUUUGAACUACAUAUCAACACUGACCGCGGGAGAAUCCUGGUUGCUGUUCAGGGUGACACAAUGAAACCAGCUAUCGUCACCUACCACGAUUUGGGGCUCAACUAUUUAAGUUUCGAGUCAUUUUUUAAUCAUGAAGACAUGCAAGAUAUUUUGGACAACUUCUGUGUCUACCACAUGAAUGCACCUGGCCAAGAGGAAGGUGCUGCGACUCUGCCGGAAAAUUACACUUACCCAACGCUGGAUGAGCUCGCAAGUCAAAUAAAAUAUGUUCAAGCCCGGUUUGGUUUUAAAACAUUCAUCGGUUUGGGAGUCGGAGCUGGUGCUAAUAUCCUCGCUCGAUACGCUAUAAACAACCCAACGAAGAUGGAGGGCCUGGCGCUGAUCAACUGUACAUCGACACAGCUAGGUUGGCUGGACUGGGCCUAUUUUAAAAUGACGUGCCGAAUGAUGCGCAGGCGAGGCAUGUGCGAGUCCGCUGUUGAAUUCCUACUCUGGCACCACUUCGGAAGAAUACCGGAGGAAUGUAAUCAAAAUGUAGUGUCGAAGUAUCGAUACCAGUUCGCAAACCUUCCGAAUCCAGUAAACGUGGCGAUGUUCAUAGAUGUUUUUGGGAAGAGGCAGGAUUUGCGUCUGUCUCGUGAAAGUGCGACCAUGCAGAUACCUGUCUUGAAUAUAGUUGGUGCCUUGUCGCCUUUUGUAGACGCUACGGUCACGUUUAACAGCCGCCUUGAACCUUCUAUGUCUGCUUGGAUGAAGAUAUCCGACUCCUCAAUGGUGCUUGAAGAAGAACCCGGUAAAGCGGCUGAGGCAUUCCGUCUCUUUUUACAGGGCGAAGGCUAUGUGUCACCGAUGCCCAAGAGAAUUUUAUUACCAAGAAGUGACAGCAUUCACGCUGGUGAUCGUCGUCCUUGUCGCCACUCGCCAGUAAUCCGUAUCACUGAAAACCCUAUUUCAGAAGCUGUUGCGUGUUAGACGCUAAUUGUCCUAAUCUGUUAACCACUAGAACGUUCGUCAGUGAAAUUUUCAUAUUUUAUUCAUUUCAUACGUUACAAGUCGAAUAUAAAAACGCUAAAUUUUAUUUUUACGAUAGAGCGUUAGUUUGUUAAGAAAAUUUUGGUGUUGUUUUGUGAGGUUUAAAUUGAUAUGACCGAUACUUCUCCAUACAAUUUUUUAUUAUUAUUUAAAUGGGUUAUUUUUUAAAGAAGAAAUAAACAUGAAUCCCAUUUAUAAAUACUCAAAAUUACACUGUUUUAAAAUGAUGAAAGGGAGAUACAUUGUUAUAUCUACAAUGGUGUCAAUUGGCUUUAUCGGUAUAUAUAUAUUGAAGGUAAAGGGAACUAACUGGUGAAAUCCUUCAAAAUAAAAAGUUUGUGUCCAGUGUGAACACAAGUUAAACAAUAGUAGAAAAUCUACAAUUUAUUCGUACAAUUACUACACUAAAUCCUUAUAUAGAAAUAUUAUAAAUAAAAUAGACGUUACCCGUAUUUUGGUGUUCGUUUUAGUGGUCAACAGAUGUUUAUCAAACUCCGUCUUAUUAAAUAUAUGAUGGAUAAUGUAGCCGCACUAAAUCUACGCACUAUAUACCAAUAGUAAUAAUGAUUCGGUGACAUUUACUACCAGUGGCAAAUAUAAGUGAGAGCCGAAAAUCCCUGUAGAGUAUAUUUAGACAUUUUUAUAGAAAUAGUUUAUAAUUUGAAAUGUAUCACUUAUAGUUGUCACUUCGGAAAUUGUGUUACUAGUGCACAGAUUAAUCGUGACGUUAGUGAAAUAUAAUUAUUUUAAUAUCGUUUUAAGUGAAAUCCACAAAUCAUGGAUGGAGACGUUAACGUCAAAUUUCUUUAAUGGUGAAUGUUUAUUUGAAGAUUAAGAUUCAAUUAUUAAUUAAGAUUAAACAAAUUUGACGUUUACGUCUCAGUAUCGUAUCAGAGAUUCCCGUAUUAAAUUUCCUGUAACUUUUUUACAGUAAAAAAAGAUUAUUAAUCUAUUUUAUCCUACUUCUAUGUUAUGAUAUCAUAUUUUAAGAUAAACAUAAGCCUAUGAAUUGGUAUAGAUUUUUUUGGGGUACAUUAUUUAUGUCAUUUACGGAUAUAAUUAUAAACAAUGAACGAAUCAUUUUUACUACGGUAUUGUUAGAUGGCUUCAAACGUUUUAUUACUGUUAAUGUAGUUAUUUUUUAAUUUAUUCUAUACCAUAAAAUUUAAACCGUAUGCUAUCUUUAUUUAUCGAGUAUUGAAAAUAAGUUGCGAAAAGUGCCUUUCGAUACAUGUUUCCCGUUAUAAAAGAUGUACAAAUGAUUACUUUGCCGUGAAGUUGCUACGUAGUUUAUUUAUAUUUCAGUAUUCCCUUAUGUGAUUCUUGUAACACGGAAUAGAUAAAUGUAGGGUGACCACUGCAGGCGUGAUACAUUAAUUAUUAAAUAAUUGUGAUGUUUCAAGCGACCUUUUUGCCAUUUAUCUAUUCCGUGACUGUUUUCAGUACAUAACAGGCGUUUUGAUUAAGUCUAGACACUGAACAAAUUUUAAAACCUUUUUAUAUUAUUCGCAUUCCAUUUAAAUAUGAUUCGUAAUGUCUUGGAAUAUAAUAUACCUCUAUACAUUAUACAUUUUUGACCAUCUUUCCAUUUUAUAUAAUUUAAGGCAAUACACAUAACAGUACACUUUACUAUCGUAUUUACUAUUGUGAUAAUUGAUUAUAUGAUGAUUUUUAUAACAUUGUUAAAACUUUGCAUAAAUACUAUUUUUAAUUUAUUCAUCAUUUAUUUACUAGCGUAGGUUUUGAUUUACUUUUCCAAAUAUAUUUGUAGCGAUAUAUUUUUUUCGAAUAGCUAUAAGGUAGUUAGUUUGUUAAGUGGGUAUUUAGAAAUGAAGGUAUAUUUCACAGGAUUCAUGUCGCGUCUCUAUCAUAGAGUAGAUCGUUUCAAGAUGUAGCCAAUCUUUAAGUAUAAACCAGCCAAAUUAACUGAAAUUGACAAUUUACAUCAAUCUCAUGUCAGACUAAUUAACAACCCAAAAGACAGUUAUAAUAUGACAAAUCAGGUUGAAAUAUCGAUGUUUCAACUUUCAACGAUAUAGUCAGAUAGUUUAAUUAUUUUCCCACACAUUGUUGUAUAGUUUAGAAGAUCAAAAGGCAAUUGUGGUAUCCUGUGGAAUAUUCAAUCUGUUCGCAAAAUAAAAUUUUAACCCACAUAGUUUACCAAUGAAAGGAGUGUACAUAUCGAAAGAAUAACAUCUUAGAUAGAAAUAUUGUAAUGGCAUGGUAAUAAUGUAUUGUACAGAAUUGUGGUAAUCAAAUUAUAUAUUUUAUUUAAUCCUGGUUACGAAUAUUUAAUAAUGGAAAGUUUAGAUGUACUUAUUAAAAAAAAAUAUUAAUGUUUUGUUCUAUCGAGAGCAUUACAUGUUUUUUUGUAUUAUUAUAGUUCCUUUGAGAUGUAUUUAUCCGAUUUAGUUUCACUCGUCAUGAUAUUAUAAAUAUUUUUUUUACAAUUUUUGGCUGUCAUACCAUAUAUGUGAUAAAUGUAAUUAAGAUAUUUUUGUAUUUAUUAAUGCGUUUUUUAAGUUUUUCAGGUAUUUUUCCAAUGUAUGUUUAAAUAUUUACCUAUUGUUUAUUGCCAUUGUGAUGAGGCAGGUCGUUGGAAAUGUAAAGGAUCUUUAGUAGUUUUAGUAGAGGUUAAUGUUCGUUGAGCCUAAAGUUUUUGUCGAAAGCAGACAAUUGCACAUUUCAAGUUCCAUUAUAAUGUAAUAAAAUGGUUUUGU